AUGGAUACAUGUAGCUCUGUAAAUGUGUUAACUACGAAUGAUAACGAAACGGACGUUCCUCCAACCCUUGUUCAUACCGAUAACACUAAUGAUGAUGAAAUCGAUGAACCGCUAUCUGUAAACAAUGAUCAUGAUGAGCAAGAGCCGAGUUUAAGCGAGAGUAGUGGUGAAAGCGAUAUCGACGAGAUAAUUUUAUCCUUAGAUGACAACAAACAAACAAAACUAUUUUCAACAUGUCCAUUAUCCAUUUAUGAAGCGUCAAUUUCGAUUAUUAAAUUAUGUCGUCGUUUAAAUUUAAAUAAAGCUGGUAUUAAGACUUCACUACAUGGAUUUCGUGAAAUAUUACCAAUGGCUAAUAAAUUACCUCUUACUGUUCCAGGUUUAAUGAAAAUCGCAGGUAUGGAUUGUUCUAAAAAAGUAACUUAUUACUGUCGUGAGUGUCUACAUCGACUCAAUGCACCCAUGCAAUCUGAAUAUUCAAAUUUAUGCUCACUAAAUAAUCAACGUCGACCUUUUAUGAACGUUAGUGAAUUGGUGAUUAAUGAUAUUCACUAUGAGAUUCGUACAACAGCUGAACGUUAUAUGGAUUUAAUAAAUGAAUAUCCACAACGUGCGAAAGAUUUAUUGCCUUGUGAUAUAAUUAAUGGUACAGUAUAUAAAAAAUUAACCGAAAAUAACCUGAAACAAUUAACUAUUAUGUUACAUACAGAUGGUGCACCGUUAACAACGGUGGGAGGAAAGUCACUCUGGCCAGUUCAAGCGACACUUGUCGAAAUUCCACCCCCCAUUCGAGAUCAUAUUGGUGCCAUAAUGGUUUUUGGUGCUUGGUUAGGAGGCAGACAUCCAGAUAGAGAUCUAUUAUGGGGAGGAAUUGUACAACAAAUUAAACAAAUGGUUCACAAUGGCAUUAGAAUCAAAAUAGAUGAUACUGUUCAUGAACGUUUUAGUGUACGUGUUCAAUGGGCAACAUUCGAUUUACCAGCACUUGCCUUAAAUUGCAACAUCACACAAUUUAAUGGAUAUGACGCUUGCGCCGAUUGUAAAGUACAUGGUGUUGCUAUUGGUAAACAAAUUUAUUAUCCAUAUUCCGCUCAACCAUCUCCACCAAAAACAGAUAAUGAUUAUGUAAUAUUAGGAAGAACAACUAAUUCACCGAAAUCAGCUUUACAUGGGGUUAAAGGAUCAACACCCUUAACCGAAAUACUACUACUUCCUACACAAAUCCCAAAAGAUUAUAUGCAUCUAGUCUGUGCAGGACAUUUUAAAACAUUAAUUAAUUAUUGGAAUAAUUUAUUUAUACCUGAUGUAUUUGAUCAUGGAUCACGUUUUUUGUUAACUGUUAUUUUACCACAUAGUUUUAAUUACCAAUUUUUGCCAUUAACUC